GUCUGCGGGAAAGAGCUUCGUAGAGAGAAAGCUCUCGUUAGCAACCAAAGACCCUUGGGAGCUUUGAAAGCUCGGACCCACAUCCAUCCCGCAACUCCAGACCAAGCAGUUCGCGACUGGCAUCAUCCAAACCAAGCAACCGUCGCAACUUCGCCGACACAAUCUCACCACUCCUCACGACAGACCACAAUCCGGAGGCGCAUAACACCACGCCCGCUCGCCACAAUGAAGUUCCUAUCCACCCUCGCCCUCCUAGGCACCGCAGCAGCAACAUCCCUCCACCUCUCAAUCUCACCCUCGUCCUCCCUCCUCGACCUCUCCACCCUCCCAGCCUCCACCCACGCAACCCUCUCCGGGCCCCCAGGAAAACGCCACCGCACCCCCUUACGCCUGGACAAUUCCUUCGUCUUCACAAACCUAGAAGAAGGAGAAUACCUCCUCGACAUCCACUCUCGCGAUCAUGUGUUUCCUUCCUUGAGGGUUGAUGUACUGGAUCCCGUGUCCAUCUUACCCGUACAUGCGGAUGGUGAUGGUGUAGCUGCUGAAAAGGUCCAACAACAGGAAACAGUGGUGGUAUAUCUCACGCAUCCGAGCAACAAAUGGGACCAUCUGGGUGCCAAGAUUGCAACUUCUUCCGCUCCUCUGUCUUCAGAUGCUGAAGUAAAACUCGCCGUGUCGGCGUUGGGGAAAAGAGAGUUUUUGGAAAAGAGACAGGGCUUUGAUCUUCUUUCCUUUUUCAAGAAUCCCAUGAUUUUGAUGGGCGUGUUGAGUAUGGGAUUGGUGUUUGGAAUGCCUUAUUUGAUGGACAACAUGGACGAAGAAACAAAAGCCGAAUUCGCAGAAAUGCAAAAACAAGGUCCUCUAGGAGGUGCAGGAGGAUCGGCCGGUGCCGCACAAGCCGUUCAAAACUUCGAUCUCGCCGGUUGGAUGGCUGGAAAGAGUGAUUCUGGUGCUGCGAAGAAAUAGAAGAUGCGGGAAACUUGUACUACAAACAGGGUAUGGGGGUUGAG